CCCAAAGCAGGACCUCCAGGGUGCACAGGUCCUGCGCCCUCCUGGGAUGGGGGAAAAUGCAAGCUACCCUGUCCAGCCACUUCUCCACAGGCCCGCUGGCCUCUGUCCACCGUGGUCCUCUGCUGGAGUCGCCCAAGCAGAAAUCCCACAGCCCCGUGGCAGUGGAGAAAGUUCAGGGCCAAGCUUGCCAAGCCUAAGAAGUAGUUUGGGGUCAUCACCCCGAGGGAAGAUGCCCGGCUGCCUUGGGGCCUUCUCCCCCAGCUGCUGUUUUUGGAGGCUGCCUGGGAGGGUCUCAGGCCACAGAGCUGUGACGUGGAAGAAGAUUAAGGCUGGGAUCUUUAGUUAGGGCUCAGGAGUGAUCAAGGCUGGCUUUGCAGGAGACCAGAUUCCCAAAUACUGUUUCCCAAAUUACGUCGGGCGUCCCAAGCACAUGCGUGUGAUGGCUGGAGCCUUGGAGGGGGACCUCUUCAUUGGACCAAAAGCAGAGGAGCACCGGGGCCUGCUGAGCAUUCGCUACCCCAUGGAGCACGGCGUGGUGCGAGACUGGAAUGACAUGGAACGCAUCUGGCAGUACGCCUACUCCAAGGACCAGCUGCAGACCUUCUCUGAGGAGCAUCCUGUCCUUCUAACGGAGGCUCCACUCAACCCGAGCAAGAACCGGGAGAAGGCAGCAGAGGUGUUCUUCGAGACGUUCAACGUGCCGGCCUUGUUCAUCUCCAUGCAGGCCGUGCUCAGCCUGUACGCCACAGGACGCACGACAGGAGUGGUUUUGGACUCGGGGGAUGGGGUCACUCACGCCGUCCCCAUCUACGAGGGCUUUGCCAUGCCACACUCCAUCAUGCGGGUGGACGUUGCCGGCCGCGAUGUCUCGCGGUAUCUCCGGCUGCUGCUGCGCAAGGAAGGCGUCGACUUUCACACCUCAGCCGAGUUUGAGGUGGUCCGGACCAUCAAAGAGAGAGCCUGCUACCUGUCCAUCAACCCACAGAAGGACGAGGCCCUAGAGACGGAGAAGGUGCAGUACACCUUGCCUGACGGCAGCAUGCUUGACGUGGGACCAGCUCGAUUCCGGGCCCCCGAGUUGUUAUUCCAGCCAGACCUGGUGGGUGAUGAGAGCGAGGGGCUCCACGAGGUGCUGGCCUUUGCCAUCCACAAGUCCGACGUGGACCUUCGCCGGACACUCUUCGCCAACAUCGUGCUCUCGGGUGGUUCGACGCUUUUCAAAGGCUUCGGCGACCGGUUACUAAGUGAAAUGAAGAAGCUUGCCCCGAAAGACGUCAAAAUCAAAAUCUCAGCCCCUCAGGAGCGGCUGUAUUCCACGUGGAUCGGUGGCUCCAUCCUGGCCUCGCUGGACACAUUUAAGAAGAUGUGGGUAUCCAAAAAGGAGUAUGAAGAGGAUGGCUCCCGUGCUCUUCAUCGCAAAACCUUCUAGCGUCCAAGAAGGGUGUUGAGAGGCUGGGAGAGGGGGCCAGUUGCCUUCAGCCCUUUCUGGUCUGGGUGCACACGCUAGGCUUCGGGCCCCCUGCAUGCCUGAACCCCGGCGAGCGGUGCAGCAGUGCCCCUCCACCCUCCCUCCACACACACACACACACCCUGUUAACGUUUCACUUCGUGGAUGGGAUUCUUUAGCUGGAGCACAGAAAUAGAGGAGCCUAGCUUUGGGUGUCCUGGGUCCCUGUCUUGGCAGGGCCAAUGAGGCCUAUGGUUCCUUGCUCUGAUCCUCGUGGGGACUGCUGCUCUGCAUUUCAAGACCAGGCACCCAAAUGUCCCCAUUCCUCUGGCAGGAUCCCCUCCAGGGCCGGAGUGCCUGGGUACCUCUGUUACCAUCAGGGAAGAGGAGGUGGGCAGUAGCUCCCCACAACGUGCCAUGGCUUCUCACGGCCUCUGGAGCUGUUUGUGUUCCUCCUCUUCCUGGCCCAACAGGAUAGCCUUGAGGGCCCCACCUAAGCCAUUCCUGACCCUUUCAUACUCUGUCCUUGGGUCUUCCAGGGGUGGCUGCCCUGGUGCAGGGCUGUGUACCAGGCAGUCUCCUGUCCCCAGCGAGGACCCAGGUUAGGGGGUGCCCAGGGUUCAGGCCAGCACAGCUUGUGCGCUCUCUCAGCAAAGCAUGUCGUUGACUUGCUGCUCCCUCUCUUCCCUCCCGCCCCCCGCCCGACCCUGGAUGGGAAAGGGUUAAUGGUCUUCAUUUGUUGAAGGGAAACCACUUAAUCAGGAUUCUGAUCUGGAUGAGGGGAGCAACAAAGAGGUCUCCACUACACUGUGGCCAGGCCCCCACCACCCUCUACCAGUCUACCCCAGAUAUGUACAAUAAUUUAACACAGCUGCCUGUAAAAAAAAUUUUUUUUUGUAAAUCAUUAUAGUAAUAAUUAUGGACAAAGCCGGGUGUGUGGCUCUCUUUUCUU